CCCGGAAAUGCGUGUGCUAGCUUUCUGUGUGCUUAGGUGCCCGAGCUACUGAGGGUCUAGGUCCGGGCAGCCGAAGAGUGUGGUAGGUAACGGUCGUCAGCGCAAGGGUCAUUUCGUCGCUGGGAAGGGACGGCCCUCGCCCGCGGUGAUGGUGGUUAGCAAGAUGAACAAAGAUGCGCAGAUGAGAGCAGCAAUUAACCAAAAGUUGAUAGAAACUGGAGAAAGAGAACGCCUCAAAGAGUUGCUGAGAGCUAAAUUAAUUGAAUGUGGCUGGAAGGAUCAGUUGAAGGCACACUGUAAAGAGGUAAUUAAAGAAAAAGGACUAGAACACGUUACUGUUGAUGACUUGGUGGCUGAAAUCACACCAAAAGGCAGAGCCCUGGUACCUGACAGUGUAAAGAAGGAGCUCCUACAAAGAAUAAGAACAUUCCUUGCUCAGCAUGCCAGCCUUUAAGAUUGAAUUAGAUUGUGUUGUUUUGUGGUUUUAUUUCUGAAAGUAAAACUUGCCAUAAAUUAGGAAUUGAUUUCCCAAAAUAAAAUCCUUUUUUGUAUGAUGGUAUACAGUUUUCAGUAAUGAUGUAUACAAUUGUAUUGAUUUUUUUCCCUAAAUGUGUUAUUUUAAUAAAUAUCUCAUGAAUGA